AUGUCGUUGGUCGUGCCCGGAUGGUGCUGCAUGGUCACGGGCCAGUCAGUCGUCCUGUACUCGCGCCUGCACAUCGUCAUGCGCAACCCGUCGCGCCUGCGGCUGGUGCUCAUCAUGAUCAUCACCAACGCCAUCAUCGGCCACGUCCCUACGGGCGUCUUCGCCUACGGCGCCAACUCGCCCAACCCAGAGCCCUUCAUCAUCCCCUACUCCAUCUACGAACGGAUCCAGGUGACGCUCUUCUUCCUGCAGGAGAUCAUCAUCUCGGCGCUGUACAUCCACGAAACGAUCGGGCUCAUGCGCGUCCGCCGACGCGCCAACAUGGACAGCGGCCGCCGGGGAGCCGGCAAGCGGGGCUUGCUCAUGGCGCACCUCGUCGUCGUCAACAUCCUCAUCGUUGUCCUGGAUAUCACCAUCCUCGGGCUCGAGUACGCUGGCCUGUACGCCGUCCAGACGGCCUACAAGGGCUUCGUCUACAGCGUCAAGCUCAAGCUUGAGUUCAGCAUCCUCAACCGCCUCGUCGAGAUGACCCAGGGCGGGUCGUCGUCUGGCCACGAGAGCUCGUACGCCCGCACGGCAGCCGACAUGAGUGGCGUGCAGAUGGAGAAGCUGGACGGGGAUAAGGAGAGGAAAAACAAGAAUAGGAGGUCGAUAGCGACGGCCGACGUCAACAACUUGGGGAAUAAUGUCUUUGUGGGCGUGGGCGCCGGCGGCCCCGCGGCAGUCACGGAGGAGGGCAAGCACAACGGCGCGUUGGUGGUCAUGACGACCGAAGUCACCAUCCAGCGGGAUAGGCUUUAUUUGGAGUCGGACAUCGAGGCCGAUCGGGAGAGCCUCGGGGGCAGGUCCGGCGUCACGGUGGACUCGACCGUCGAGGGUGAGUUGGGGCAGACGCGGACACCGUCACACUCGUCUCAGCGGCACAUUGUCGACGCGCGGUACUCGUGA